UGGCCGCCGGCCGCUGUAACAAUCUCACUGUAUCCGUUCCGCCAGCGCCGCCGAUUGAUGCCGGAGCCGGGUGGGGGAGAGAGGGAGAGAGGGAUAGGAUACAGCGGGGAGAGAAGGGCCAGAGAGAACGGCCACAGCGGGGGGAGAGAGAGAGAGGGUGGCCAGAGCGGGGCUGACCGGACCGGGGUAGAGAGAGCGGCCAGAGCGGGGAGAGAGAGAGAGAGACCGAGAGCAGCUCACACAGUGACCACACCCUCGGCCCCAGCAUGGUUGCCCGUGGAUCAACAUGAGCGCUCUGCAGCAGCCGUGUAACCCCGAGCUCAGGCCGGCAGCAGCUGGGAGCGCCCACGUUGGGGCCUCAGGAAGGAUCGCAGAUCACGGCGCGUUCAUGCCGAGCGCUCACUAGGAAGGCGAGGCGGGUUUUUCCCCGCUUGUGGAGUGAAGGAGGUUGAUGAACCGGAUGCUUCCGAUGGGCACAUCCUGACCGUUCGGAGCGGUUACCCUGUGGCGCUGAAAUUGGAAAACUUACCCCUUAAACUACCGUUGGCUCUUUCGGCGCUGAACAGGCGGCCAGUGCGAGAACAGCCACACCCUCCGUGAGCUUCCUGAUAGGAGAUGCCGACUCCUGGCUGAUUCUGCCAUUCCAACUCAACACGACCCGACCCGCUGGAAUUAGUGCUGCUGCCGCCGGGUCUAUAUUUUUGCAACUGACGCUAACUUUUUGGGGGUUAUUUUUAAGUUGCCCUUUUCACCCUCACGUAAAAUCUGAAUGAUCGAACGAGAAACGCUUGUGACAAGAAGGAACAGGAGGUUUUCUGCAUGGGAGUUUUAAUUCUCCAUGAAGUCCGGAUUAUUGGCGAAAUAAGGCCUGUGAAAAGUGGAUCGCUGCACCUUUGGAAAGGCUGCUUUUAAUUCCCUUCCGCUGAAAGCAACGCGAGGGUGAGUGAGUGAGUGAAGAGGAUUCUCGGCGUGAGACAAGGUACCCAGCAAUGUCCAAGGGCGGGAGGUGGUGGGCUCCGACUCACAGGACACGCACGUCUGACUGUGCAGCCGAAAGGAACUGAACACUUGUUUGCGAAGCAUCCCUGCUGGCUGCCAUCGCUUCUGCUCGUCUCUGGGUGAAAGAAGGCAGCGAUUUUUUACCGGUUAUUUUCUGCCCCGAUUCUGCCCCUUUGAUGGAACGAUGAUGCGGGCAGAGAGGGAUACUGGGCUGAAUCGGAACUGUGCUGGCGACAGAAGCGGCAUGCGAGGUGCCGCCCCGCACCAUGGCUAACAGCGGCUCGGCCAAGUCGACAAGUAGCAGCGGCGGCGGCGGCGGCGGAUUCAACUCGCAGCAGCGGAGGAGGCUGGUGUUCAUGUGCGACAUGUGUAAGAGCAAGAUGCAACUGGUGGCCGACCUGCUGCUGCUGUCCAGCGACAACCGGCCGGUGCACAGCGACAGCCUGAGUACCGCGUCGGGCCAGUCGUUCGACAAGAGCCGGGACGCCGUGAUUGCCCGCACCAAAGGGCUGUCCAUCCUGACUCACGACGUGCAGAGCCAGCUCAACAUGGGCAAGUACGCUGAGGUGGGCGACAGCUUGGGCGAGAUGUGCGAGCUGGUGGUGGCGCUGGUUGAAUCGUCCGCCCAUGCAGCCUACCUGGCAGCAGCCGAGGCUCCCGGCUCGCAGGCGGCCGUAGCCGGCUUGGUGGACCGCUACCGCCUGAGCCGGGCUCGCCAUGAAGUGGAGCAGAGCUGCGGGUUGCUGAGGACGGCGCCCGUGUGCGAGCUGAGCCCGCCGCUGCUGCUCGAGUUGUCCCGCAGCCUGUCCCGUGGUCUACGUGGGCUGACGGACGCCUGUGUACUGGCGGCAGACAGUAGCCGUGACCGCUUCUCCCGGGAACAGUUCAAGCUGAGUGUCAAGUGUAUGAGCUCCAGUGCCACGGCGCUGCUGGCCUGUGUGCGGGAGCUGAAGGCGAGGCCGUGUGAAGCGGCCCGGGCCCGAUGUGUGUUGUUCGGAGGGCCGCUACUGCAGGCCGUGCAUGCCCUGGUCGGCUUCGCCACCGAGCCGCAGUUCCUGGGCGAGGCAGCGUCCGUCAGCGCCGAGGGCCGCGCCGUACAGACAGCCGUGCUGGGCGGUGCCAUGAGUGUGGUGUCGGCCUGUGUACUGCUCACACAGUGUCUCCGCGACAUCGCGCUACACACGGACAGCAGCAAGGUCCCUGACUACCGGCAGCGCCUGCACAACUCCGCCCUGGCCGUGUCGGACGGCUGCAACCUGCUGUCGCAGGCGCUGCGGGAUAGGACAUCGCCCAGGACUCUCCCGCCACUCAAUUGCCAUGCUGUGAAUUAACCACCUACCCGCUCAGAACAAGACACCCUGUUCCCUCCUGAUAACAACGCAUCCUCGGGCACAGGCGGUGUGUGUGUGUGUGUCCAUGGGGCAGGGGCAGAAGGGGGGGGGGGGGGCAUUCACAAAAACCGGCGCAGCAAGCGGCCAUUCAGCCCAUCGUGCCUGUGACAGCUCUUUGAAAGAGCUCUCUCCAGUUCAUUCCACUGCCCUGACCCAUACAGUAUAGACUUCUCAACUUUCUAGAAGUCGUAGGUAAUUAGGACAGACAAUUCAACGAAUCACAAGGACUAAAUCGUGCUGGGUACGGUUCAAAGUCAGUCUUCCGUAUGUUUCAUCUUCAUUGCAAAGACUGAAUGAUAAAUCAUAUCAACUCAAUGGCCAUUAUGGUUUAGAAAGGGUUUUUACCUCAAUUUACAUUUUAAACACACACUCGCACAUUGACAGCGGGAUGGAAUGUAGCUCCGUUGGGUAUGUGUGUUCUGUAGAAUCAAGUGGUAAGAGCGAGCGAGAGAGAGAGAGAGAAGUGAAUCUGGUGUUAAUGAAAGGAAGUGUGCAGUUGUGAUCUGGAUCUUUUCACGUCCCGAUUCUAAAAGUUGGGAUGAAGCUGCUGUGAGUGUUAUUUUUCCGAGUUUUACACUAUUUGCCAGACAUGGAAGUCGAUGUCAAGUUUUCUUGCAUGUGCUGGAGUAUUUAUUUCAACAUUAAAAUGUUACGUUUCU